AUGGUAUCGAGACAUGGCCGCAAAUUUCUUAAACUUAAUAAUUAUAUCAUUCUUUUUGCCAUUUAUGAUAUUAUCACGUCUAAGAGAUUGGACAUUGAAAUACAUAAGGUCAAAGGUCAUUCAGUUGACAAUCUCAGAAAACGUAAUGACAUUUAUGAUGAUGUACCAUGCCCAGCUUGCCGUGAUCAUGAAGAGACUUUGAACCAUUUAGUAAUAUGUGCUGGAUUGGAACAAGCAUUCCUCACUGCUGAAAAAGAAACGAUAGAUAAGAUUCGGAAAUAUCUCAAACGUUUCAAGUGCAAAAAAUCUGUCACGAUCAAUGAACUCUAUAUCAGCAUAUUUGAAUAUAGAGACCCAGCUUUCCCUGAACUGAAACAAAGGAACAGACAGGAAUUACUACGUGGAUUGAUUUCACACACAAUCGUAAAGAAGCUUAGAAAACUUACAUCAAAAAGAAUUGCUUCACGCCUGUCUCUAAAGAUCAUUAAAUACUUUCAUGAAGCUUUUAGAGAACAUGUUUGGAAACCGCGAUGUAAAAUAAUGAAUGAACUAGAAGAAUCGUUACAUAUUACACCUCAGGACAAGUGUAAGACCUCAAGGACACAUAAGGAGGACGUAGAAACUCAACGCAUGAUUUCUUUGAGUUUAUUUUUACGAUGCGAUCCCUAUCGAUAUACUCUAACUGCAUUUCGUGAACAAAAGACAUCAAAAUAUAAUGAAGGCUUGCGUCGAUGCAAAGAUCAUCUAUACCGUUUGUUAUUAAGAACAUCAGCAAGUUUUAAACAGGCGUAUAAAGUGUUGAAAAACGCUAUGUGUUACUCAACACCAAAAAAUGUAGGGAAACGAACCCUUUGUUAA